AUCCACUCUUCGCAGUACAAAGGUAGACCUCUGGAGAUAUCGUCGCAUCACUUGCUCCUGACACAUCUACAGAAAUCCCUGCAGAACUUUAAGUCAACAUGGGUCGCAAAGAGCCAAACAGCCCCUGGAAGAAGAGCACGGACAACAUCCGGGAUGUGUUCGACUUUGUGGAGGUGCUGGGAUCGGGUGCGUUCUCGGAGGUGUUCAUGGUGAAGGAGAAGAAGACGGGGAACCACUUCGCCCUGAAGUGCGUGAAGAAGAAGCAGCUGAGGGACAGCAACCUGGAGAACGAGAUCGCCGUGCUCAGGAGGAUUAAACAUGAUAACGUGGUGGGCCUGGAGGAUUUUUAUGAGAGCCAGACUCAUUACUACCUUGUCAUGCAGCUUGUUUCAGGUGGCGAGCUGUUUGACCGGAUCCUGGACCGUGGAGUGUACACGGAGAAGGAUGCCAGCAAGGUGAUCCGGCAGGUGCUGCAGGCGGUCAGCUACUUGCACCAGAACAGCAUCGUGCACCGUGAUCUCAAGCCAGAGAACCUGCUGUACUACAGCCAGGACGAGAACGCCAAGAUCAUGAUCAGCGACUUUGGCCUUUCCAAGAUGGAGGACCAUGGUGUGAUGUCCACCGCUUGCGGCACUCCAGGAUAUGUGGCCCCUGAAGUCCUGGCUCAGAAGCCCUACAGCAAAGCAGUGGAUUGCUGGUCUAUUGGAGUCAUCACUUACAUACUGUUGUGUGGAUACCCCCCUUUCUAUGAGGACAAUGAAACACAGCUCUUCUCAAAGAUCAUGAAGGCACAGUACGAGUUUGACUCUCCCUUCUGGGACAAUAUCUCAGAGUCUGCCAAGGACUUCAUCCGAAACAUGAUGCAGAAAAACCCCAGCAUGCGCUACUCCACCGAGGAGGCACUCAGGCACCCCUGGAUUAUUGGUGAGACAGCCCGGAGUCAGGACAUCUACCACUCGGUCAGUGAGCAGAUGCAGAAGAACUUCGUCAGAUCCAAGUGGAAACAAGCCAUCAAUGCCACUGUGGCCAUCAACCACCUGAAGAAGCUGCAUCUGGCGCACUCAGAGGCCUGCCUCAGACGGCGCCAGGAACCUGUGCCGGCCAUCCACGUGAUGGACGUGUCCUCCGCUGACCCCUCCCACAGCAACACGGACGCUGAGAAGACGGCAGCCAAUGGGGACGUGUGUCACAUGACCCUGCCAACCAACCCUAACGAGCCCAGGGGCCACCAUCACUCGCUGAGGACGUGCAACAGCGAGCCGAUGCAUGCCCUCACCAUCGACGAGACAGGACAACACGCCUACCACUCUGCGGCGGCCAAAAGCUGUGAGAAAAUGACCACUGGCACCAACAGCGAAGGCCAGCCCUUGCAGACCAGUGUGUGCUCUGUCAUGUGA